CUGAGCUACAGCGGGGGCUUGCUUAGCUUUACAGGUGUGGUUGAGUUUCUGUGGGAUAGCAGCACAGUAAAGAAGGUUGCAUGAGGAGCUGAAGAUGGCGAAAGGCGAUAAUGGAGUGCGCUUUUUCCAAGCCCUACUAAUUCUUGGCAAUGUGAUUAUUGGGAUGUGCGGCAUUGCACUGACGGCAGAGUGCAUCUUCUUCGUGUCGGAUCAGCAGACUCUGUACCCUCUGCUUGAAGCCACUAAUAACGAUGACAUCUACGGUGCAGCCUGGAUUGGCAUCUUUGUUGGCUUUGCUCUCUUUAAUCUGUCUGUCCUGGGCAUCAUUGGAGUCAUUAAGUCAAACCGGACAAUGCUGCUGGUGUAUAUCAUUCUGAUGUUGGUCACCUAUGGAUUUGAAGUGGCUUCUUGCAUCACAGCAGCAACUCAUCGAGAUUUUUUCACACCCAAUCUCUUCCUGAAGCAAAUGUUGGAAAAGUAUCAGAACCCAGAGCCAGCCAGCAAUGAUGAUAAGUGGAUGAGUGAAGGUGUCACCAGGACGUGGGACCGCCUCAUGCUACAGAAUCAGUGCUGUGGGGUGAAUGGCCCCUCUGACUGGCAGAACUACAUGUCUGUGUUCAGAAGCAGGAACAGUGACUCAGAGUUCCCUUGGCCACGCCAGUGCUGUGUCAUGGAUGUCCAAGGAAUUCCAAUCAACUUGGAUGGCUGCAAAUUGGGAGUUUCCGGCUACUAUAAUAAUAAGGGUUGCUAUGACAUUAUCUCUGGUCCAAUGGACAGACAUGCUUGGGGUGUUGCCUGGUUUGGCUUCGCCAUUCUCUGCUGGACUUUCUGGGUUCUUAUCUGCACCAUGUUCUAUUGGAGCAGAAUUGAAUACUGAGGAUCCAGUGGCCUCCCAACAACCCCUCUGAAGUCUUGGUGCAUGAAACUGCAUUCGUUCAUCUGUACUAUUCCUCUUGUACUAAUGGAGGAUUUGAGGCUCUCCCAGUCCCCCCCAUUACCAUCCCUUCCCCAUCUCCCUGAAAAUGAGACAGACUGGUACACUGAGCUGAUCCUUCCAAGAAAGAACAUGCCUUCUCUUUGCCUCGCUGGAGUUCUGUAGCUUUUACGCCUAUUCACUGACUUGGGUCACUGUUCUGAAGACUUCUUGAGUCUGAGAGAUGCUCUGAUCAUUCCAGAGAUGGCCUUGAAAAGGGAAAUGGCCCAUAAAUGUACUUGCUCCAGAAAACAAUUUUUUUAAACUAGGGCUAAUGUAAAUGAUAUCAGAACAAAUUUGAUGCACAAGGCUGUUGGUAUACAGUACAAGUGAGAGAUGCUGUCACAACACCAGAGAGCCUUCCUCCCUGCAAGGAAGAGGAAACUUAGACCUGUAACUGCAAGAAUCACCAAGUUUAUUUAACAUUCAUAUUUAGUUCGGGCCUCUGUUAAAAAUCUCCAUCUUCUAAGAAGGAGGCCGACUGUUUCUGUUUUCUACCCUCUGCCAUACCUAACUUCUCAGUCUUAAAGGAUAAAAGCAGGUUACUAGUCAACCCAAAUCAGAGGCUAGCUCACUACAUCAUAAUAUGCUUCCCAUGUUCAAGCCUACCUCUGUUU